AUGCAGAGGUUGCCCGGGUCUUUCGUGCUGAUCUCCAUGCUCAAUCCUGAGCCUAUACUGCCCACCACCAAUGUUCUUGACAAUGAUCUACAAACGAAAGACAAUGCCAAUCUAUCUCUUCGCAAUGAACGCAAGAUCGUAGGAGCUCUAGCUUUUCUCUUCGCGCUGACCGACGAUCCGACUAAGGUCAGUGCUCUUUGCCUCGAGCGAGAUGCUCAGCAAUCCGCUUGUGUAAUUCGAGUUGCGAUGAAUACUGGUGUCCCUCAAAGCUAUCUGAUCAGCUUCAGUAAAAUAGCACGGGCACUUGAAGAUCUGGCCAGAUCAGGCGACUCCAAUAGCUAUGUGACCCUUUCUAAACAAGUCAUUGACGUAAACCGGAAUCGUAUUUUGUCACGGUUGAGGUCCAAACAUGCACAAAGCAGCAAGUCUAUGAAGGCGGCGUUUGCGGACCGCCUUCGAGCGAUGACAGGUGCGCUUUCAGCACUGGAGCAUCCUGCUGCAGAAGUCGCAGCAUUAAAGGUAGUCGUCUCGAAACUCGUUGAAGAUAUCGCACUACUCGAGGCUACGCCUCACGUCUUGGUCAACGCUGGCGAGUCCGAUGAGAAAAUACUGACGGUUCUAUCACGGAUGGAUGAUCUACCAGAGACCAGUCGUCUGCGAACUCUCCUCGACCAACUUCCUGCCGACAAGUUCUCAAAUCCGGAGAGCUUGUUGCUGGCAAUCACGAAAUUGCGUAACUAUCAUGGAUCGUGUCAGCUACUUGGCAGUGCUGUUCGCAACUUCAAGUUCUUUCAGUGCGUGUCCGUGCAGACGGUCGAUGCAAGAACAACGGUUCCGCUGAGAGAACCCCAAGUGUCGGCAUCCAUACAUGAGAUCCUCGGGAGACUUAACAUCCAAUGGGACCAUGAUUCAGCCCGGAAGUUUGGUGUGAACCUACGGAAGGCCAAUGCACAAUUCCAGCGCGAAAUGGCUACUCUAAAGCCCAAAGUUCACGCAGAGGUUCAGCUCAUUUACCAUUACGAAAUGAAUCCCCAGCUUGAGCGUCCAAGAGUCAUCUGUUCGAGCAAGAGUGCUUGCUAUCUAUGCGACACAUUUGUGAAAUUGCAUAGUGAAUUCUUCAUCUCGAGGACUCACGGUGUACUAUAUCCUCAAUGGACACUGCCAAAUAUUCCCCAGGGCAGCAUACCACCGGAGAGAGAACAAGCAAUGCAAAGCAAUGUUGGAAACUUGGCAAGAAGGGUUGAAGAUCUUUUGAGGGAUUUGUGGAUUCGGCCACAGACUAGAAGAUUGCAUCCAAAUGAAAGCGCAGUAUCCUUGAUGCACUGGACGCCGUUAAGCUCGACAAGCACUUCAACGACUACCAAUCAACCAGUUUCCGGAUCGUACCAAACCAAGGACUCAAUACACAUGUGCACAGUCAACCCCAGAGUUACGCCGGAGGCUAAUGGUGUCCCAGCCAAAACACUUACGGUCAGUAGAGAGCUCUCUCGGUUGGAAGGGAGUGCUUCUCUCUCUGGUACGGAUCUCGCCGUCUCCUCUUCAACUUCGCAUGAUCUCAAUUGCCAAGAUGGUGUUCAGACAUCUGCAAACAUCGGAGAUCAUGGAAGUCGAAGCUGCCUCGCGCAAACGGCACGUGGAAGGCUAAAAAUUGCUGAAGCUCACGACUACGCAAGUGCUAGCCUUUCACGUUCCGAUGAUACGGGACGUAGGAUCGACUUUCAUGAUUCAGGGAUCCAGAUGGUGCUGGAAUUUCCCACGCAUGCUGUAGUAAGCAUUGCAACGGGCGAGCAAUCCGAGAGAUUGAUUGGUACGGUCGUAGUGGAUCUUGCAACGUUGUCGCCCGGGUGCGAGGUCUCCUUCGACCUCGCCGGUGAUUCGGACGAGGGACGAAGCAUUGUGCUGGUGCAGAAACUACACAACGAGACAGUCUUGUGGUGGAAGAUAAUCUGGCGAUAUUGA